AUGGCCCCACAAAGCUCCAUUUUUGUAAAACACAGAGUUAAAACAGCCGCUAAAGACUAUCAGGACGAUAUUUUGGAACCUGUUAUCAAGCCUCUAAAUGAUACUCUGUUUGCUGGAAUAUCUCUCCAUCGAUCGUUAAACCUGAUGAAAAAACGUGGUCUCAUCGGAUAUCACAAAGCCUACGGACCCCAACCCCACUGCCCACCGACCAAGGCCCCCUUAAUUGAUGAAUACUUUCCGAGCCAUCAUCCAGGACAUAAGAAAGCAGGAGGAGAGCCCCUCCUGUUUAUUGACUAA